CCAUGACAGACUAUAAAGAGCAGAGCAGGUCUCCCCAGCAGCUGAUACCAACUGCUCUAUAAAUAGGUCCCAGGGCCUGGCCUCCGCCUUAGAGCACACAGCUCAAACAGACGAGCCACAUGCUUUUUACUUUUCCGUAGACAAAGGAAUAGGAAAGUAGUAUCCAUUUUAGUUUUGUGCAAGAUUAAGGAUGAACAAGCCCAAAAUUAACAGACCAGAGGAGAGCCAGCCAGCACAUGCGCUGUGGUACGACAGAAAGAAAUAUGUCACCGUCACCUUCAUGGUUCAAAGACCUAAAGAUGUCAAAGUUGAUAUCCAGCCAGACAAAAUGAUUUUGUGCUGCAAAAAUGACACCGAUGAUGUGUUCUACAAUGAGCUGCACUUCUUCGACAAAGUCAUAAUCCAUGACUCCAGAGAAAGAGUCUACGACCGCACCAUCAACCUCUUGCUAAGGAAGGCGAAGCCUGAUUGUGCAUGGCCACGUCUCCAGAGGGAUCCUGCCAAGCCCAGUUGGAUUUCUGUGGACUUUGAUAACUGGAGAGACUGGGAGCAUGAAGAAGAUGACGGGAAGGAAGAGUACGAUAGAUACAUGGAUAUGAUCCAAGACCUGGCUUCGAAAAAAGGAGAAAUACCAGAUAUGGGAGAUCUUAGUGAUUCUGACUGAGACUCACAGAAUCCUUCUCUCCUGUGUUUGAUGAAGUUUGUAUUAUUUGCUGAUGGUCUGAGGCGUUAUUGUCCAAAAUACAGUUUUUGCAUUUUAUGAUGUUUUCUAUGAGAUUAUUUAUUGAGAUAUCAAUGUCAACUGUACACUGUAAGUAUCGCUGCGUGUUUGAAUAAAAAUACGUUUUAUCAACCAUAA